GCCCUUUGCUUCCUUCGCAGCUGCGUUACCAGUACCUCGUAGACGUGUGCCAAUUGGUCGGAGCACCCUUGAAACUCGAGCGAAUAACCAAUCGACUGGUCGGUAUCGAAACGCUCCUAGGAAACGUGAGGUCGCCACUCGUGCCAGCUUUAACGUGCCGCUUCGACAGUUAACCACAGUCGUUGUUUGUGUUUUGUCGCAGACGAACGAAGAGACUGAUCGUGAGUUCGGUCAAUGUCUAUCUUCUGACAAAGAGAUUUGCGUGUUAUCGAAAUUCGAAUUACUCUUUGUCGAUCUCUCGAGUGAUAAUUGAGAUUUAUCAAAUAAUGUAUACAUUUCGCGAAUUUCCCAUCAUUUUUAAUCUUUAUAAGAAAUAUAGUUAAACGAUUUUGAACAAGGUAUAAGAGGUAAACGGAGUUGAUUGUAUGAAUAUUGACAACGGUACGAGCGUUUAAUUCAGUGAAGCGUGCAUGCCGGCCACAAUAACUGAGAGGAAAGCAAUCGUAAUCAAGUGUAACUGGUAAGAUACUCGUUACAUCGAAGAGUUUAAGGAAGAAUAUCCGGAGUAUAUACGAUCAUUGUUUCAAAUACAAUAAGCAGUAUGACUAAAGUAUCGGGAAUGGUCGAGACAGAGGACGUUGUCGGGAAACCGACUUUUGUUCGACGUGUGUCCAAUAUGUUAAAAGAUGGAAGUUACAGCGAACCACCGAUGCUAUUUCGUCACGCUUCUAUGCAGAAAAUUCGCCACUGUUGUCAAAAUUUGAAUUUAUUGCCUUAUCUGCUAUAUUCCUUCGAUAACUCGAAGUCGCACCCAAUCGCCCGUAAAGUACAUAAUUGUCUCGGCCAGUUUCUUCAAGUAAUCACAGCGAGGAUCUUUUUGCUAUACAAAAGUUUUCGGCGAUCAUUGCUCUGCGGUAUUCGUUCAAGCGAAUUUCAAGCAUCCGAGCCACCAAAAACCCCCGAACCUUGCAAAUUUUCAGCGAGAUUCCAAACUACAAGGCAAUUGAAACGCAAACAAAAUAAUCGGCUGAUCUUGACCCUAGGCGUGUACUUUGCCCCUUUGUUUUUGUUCUCACAGCUGAUCGGACUAUUCUGUCUGAUGAUAUUUGGAAAAUAUACGCCUGGUUUCAUUUUCCUAAUAUCGGCCCUAUUGUUUCUCGCCUACAUCUCGUUCAAAGUUCUCUUUCACGAUGCCGAAUCGACGAGACCGUCUAGACGUAGAUAUCGCAAGAUAAUUAAAGCGGAAUGAUUGUAUCUUGUGCCCGCUUCUAAUCUAAACUAUUACUAUAUGAUCAGACUGUCCAUUGGAUAGAUAAUAGACCUGAGAGUAUUGAGUCUUUGCCUAAUUUACCGUUCUCCAUUUUCGUAUUUGAUUAUACUUAAGCGAUGCGAUACCAGGUAGGGCUUUACUUAUUACGUGGUCUUGUAUACCGUA